GACCGGGGUGACGGCGCCGGACCCGUCGUUUGUGCAACCUCCCCGAGCUUGCUCCGGAGAACGGAUGAGGUGGGAAAGUAUGGAAAUCUUUGAACCAUGAACCGGUACGGCCAUGAGCAACUGGUGAUGUUUUCAGACCCGGCAUCGGGCCUCAAGGGCAUGGUGGCCAUCCACGACACAACCUUGGGACCGUCCUGCGGCGGGCUGCGUAUCUGGCCCUACGCCUCGGAAAAGGAAGCCGUGACCGAUGCCCUGCGCUUGUCCCGAGCGAUGACAUACAAGUCGGCCGCAGCCGAACUGCCCCUUGGCGGAGGCAAAGCGGUGAUCAUCGCCGACUCGCGCACCCAGAAAACCGAGGCGCUGCUGCAGAGGCUUAUGGAGUGGUUGGGUGUGUACAUGGGGAUGAAAGCCUGCGCCAAAGUGGUCUGGGGCACCGACUCCCUGCGCGGAAAAAAGGUCGCCAUGCAGGGAUUUGGAAAGGUAUCAACCCAUACGGCCCAUCAUCUGAUGAAAGAGGACUCGGAAAUCAUCGUGACCGACGUCAACGGAGACGCCUUGAACGCCGCCAAGGGCAUGGGCCUCAAGGUGCUUAAACCCGACGAGAUUUACGACGUGGAGUGCGAUAUAUUCUCCCCCUGCGCUUUGGGCGGCGUCAUCAACAAGAACACCAUCCCCCGCAUCAAGGCGCGGGUAGUGGCCGGUGGAGCCAACAACCAACUGUUGACUGAGGACGACGGGGAAGAACUGCACCGGCGGGGCAUCCUGUACGCGCCGGACUACCUGAUCAACGCCGGCGGCGUAAUUAACGCUUCAACGGAAAUCGGAGCGGACUACAACCCGGAACUGGCUAGGGAAAAGACGGAACGCAUCUACGAAAUCAUGGGGCGGAUUGCCAAGGAGUCCAAGGAGAGGGAGAUGUCCACUGCUCGCAUGGCCGACCGCUUGGCCGAGGAGCGAUUGGCUUCGGUGCGGGCCAUUAAGCCGAUUUACCGCGGCCGCUGA